AUGGAAAGAAUUAGAGGAAAUUUUUUAAAUGAAUUUCAACCUAUAGGACAUGACACUAUAUUGCAAAUGAAACUAGAAAAACGUAGACAAGGGGAAAAGGAAUCUACCACAAGUUUCUUAGCUGAAAUAGAAAGUUUAUGUAGGCAGGUAAAUAACCACAUGAGUGAAAAAGAUAUUUGUGGAUAUAUUUUAAAAGGUUUAAAGGAUAACAUUUUACAAUCUAUUUCGAUGCAAGACAAUAAUAGCUUAAAAAAAUUAAAAGAAAAUUUAAAAAAAUAUGAACUGAUGCAGUUUAGGAUAAAAAAUAAAAAAGAUGAUAUGAGUGAAUAUACAGAAAUUCUAAAUGAACAAGUAUUACAAUUAAACCUAAAAACAAAAGAUAUAGAAAUAGAGAAUAAUGAAUUGAGAAGAUACUCUAGAGAUAAUAGCAAAGACAACAAUUACAAUAGAGACAGAUCAUAUUCAAGAGAAAGAAAGAAAAAUUAUGAUAGUUCUAGGGAAAGUAGUAGAGAUAGAAGUUAUGACAGAGAAGAUUUUAUAACGUAUAAACACAGAAAUGAUAAAGACAGGGAAAUAAGAGGAAAUUAUAAACAGCGUAGUAAGAACAACAACGAAGAAAAACGGUACUCAAAAUACCGGCAAUACAGCAGAGAGAAUAGUCGAGAAAGAGUACCUGGAAAAUAUAGAGAAGACCGCUAUGCGAAAGAAUCUGAAAGAGUUACUUGCUAUAGGUGUAACGAGCGAGGACACUAUGCGGAUAAUUGUAAAAUGCCAAAAAACGAUUAG